AUGCCCGGCCCGCGCGUGGACCCGAGCGACUACGCGCGCCAGCGCCAGGAGAGCAUCGCGCGCGCCAACGAGAUGCGCGCCACGCGGCGGAACCGCGGCGGCGGCGACGACGCGGCCGACGGCGGCGGCGACAGCCUCGACGAGCUCGCGGGCCGGUCGGCGAACGCGGCGGAGAAGUCCGCGGGCAAGCGGCCGCGGCGCGAGGUCGCGCCCGGCUGGACCAUGCACACGGACAAGAAGACGGGCAAGCCCUACUACCACCACGCGGGCUCCGGCAAGACGACGUGGGUCAAGCCGCCCGGCUGCGCCGACGACGUCGAGAACGCGCCGCUCCGCGAGAACGGCGCCGUGUCGCAGCCGCGGUCGACGCCCGGCCGGCGCGACCUGCCCCGGGACAUGACGGAGCCGCGGUCGACCGCGCGGGCCGAGCCCGCGGACGCGCCCAUGUCCGAGGCCGAGUUCGAGGGCUGGCUCGACGUGUUGAAGCGGCGGUCGCUCACGGGCUCCCAGGCGCGGCGCGUGUCGACGCUCCUCCAGCGCUACAGCGGCCACGCCGCGAGCGACGCCGACGCGGCCUACGGCUACGGGUCGUCGCGCGCGGGCACGUCCGGCGAGGGCCGCUCCGACCGCUCCGACCAGGGCAGGAAAAGGGUGAUUCAAGAUCGCUUCAACACGAGCUCCGACAGCCUCUCGAACCUCAAGCUCUCCAUGCGGUCGAAGCGCAACAAGGACCCGUCCGACGCCGAGCUCCGCACGCGGUCCGCGUCGGAGGUCCUCGAGCUCGCGCGCAACGAGAGCGACAGCUCGACGAACGGCGCCGCCGCGCGCGACGCGUCGCGCGCGCGGACGACGGGCCGCCGCGCGGGCCGCCGCCCGGAGUGGAACGACAACUUCGCCGUCGAGGACGACGCCCCGGACGGCGACGAGGCGCCCGCGGAGCAGCCCCGGCGGCGGGCCGAGCCGCGCCAGCCCAAGUCGCCGCGGCGCCGCGACGACGGCGCCGGCGCGCUGCCGCCGGGCUGGACGCAGCACACGGACCGGCGCACGGGCAACGUCUUCUACCGCAACGAGGCCCGGGGCGAGUCGACGUGGACGCGGCCCGCGGCGCCGAACCGCGACGACCGGAGCCCGCCGCGGCGGACCGGCGCGGCCGCGCCGAAGCUCCCCGCGGCGACCAAGGGCCCCGACAGCGAGUCGCGGCACCGCACGCUCUGGAAGCCCAAGUCCGCGCGCGGCGACCGCUCCGACGACGACGACGACGACGGCCGCCGCGACGACGCGCACCGCCGCGACGACGGCCACGCGAAACCGAAGAGCCAGCCGCGCGACGCAGACGACCGCGGCGGUAGCCGGCCGACGGGCGGCUACGGCGCCGUGCCCGCCGACGCGUCGGCGGCGCCCGACGGCGGCGCCGCGGAGCUCGACGACGCCUGCGUCGUCUGCGGGCGCGCGAUGACGCGGAGGGCGCUCGACGGCCUCGAGAAGCGCCACGGCCAGCGGUGCUGCCCCAAGUGCGCGCCGAAGAAGGCGCGCAAGACCUUCAACGCCGCGGCGCACCGCGCCGACGGCUUCGACGGCGACGAGAAGCAGAUGGUCAAGAAGGCCGCGGCCGAGGUCAAAAAAGAGCUCCGCCGCAAGGACCGCGACGGCGGCGCCGCCGCGCCGGGCGGCAAGGACAAGAAGUGGAAGGCCCAGUCGAACCAGCUCCGCGAGGCCAUGCAGGCCAUGCGCGGCGUCGCCGCGGCGGAGAAGGCGGGCAAGCCGCCGCCGCCCAUGGUCGCGUCGACGCCCGACCCGUCCUUCGUCCAGUGCCCGCACUGCUCGCGCACGUUCAACGAGAAGGCCGCGGAGCGCCACAUCCCCAAGUGCCAGUCCAUCAAGGCCAAGCCCAAGUCCCUCGCGCGCGGCGGCGGCCGCACCAUCGGCUCGCGCCGCUAG